CCAAAAUCAAACAAUGGGAAGGAAAAGCUUCGCGGGCCGUCGGCCGAAGAAACGCGUCUCGAGACCAACACCGUACCAACGUACGACUGCGCUUCUGGCUUCUUUCUCCAACAAGCGUCAGUGCGAUGGGAGGAGGAGGCGUCGGCUGCGGCAAAAGAGGCGUCGAAGGUGGAUUAGUAGAACAUGAAGGGAGGAAAGGGCCUCGUCGACAUCAGAUUGUCUUUCUUGGGCCGAAGAGAGAUGAAUUGGAUAACCUUCUUGGUCCCACCGCAAGAAGGCCACGAUGGAACCAGUAUCGAUAUUCGCCGGCCCAGCGACCGUGCCAAGGAACCCUAGCCCUCGAAGGAGGCAGGAAUGUCAUUGCGGAGAGCUCUUUUGAACAGCAAUAUCACGCCUCCGUGGCUAUGAAGGGGCAGCAAAGGGCCGUCCUAGCCGAGGAUACGCCUGCAAAAGCUGUUCCUUCGAGGCACAAUGCGGACAAGCACAAGAGGCUAGGAGCAAGCCCUCGGACAAAGCCGGUCAGGUUCAGGAACCCAAGAAGUAGUCCAGUGCUAGCUUCAAGGUAUCUCUCCUUGACUCGACCCCAAGAGCAUGAUCAGGAUGCAUCUCGGACCGAACGAGACGGGGAUGAAGAAGAAAGCCUGGGAGAAAGGAGAGGAGAAGGAGAUGGAGAAGAAAUGGUCUCUUCGGCCGCUAUCAGGCCCGGGGAUUCCUGGAGCGAAUUCGAUGCGCUGCCAGUAAGGCCAGACGACUCGAUCGAUCCCAGAGAGAUGUGGUUCGAGGAUGAUCGUGAAGAUGUAUAUGAAGAGGAGCCCAAUAGCUACGAUGACGAAAUGCGCCAAGGUCAAGAGCAUGCCUCGUCACAAGAGAUCGACGAGGCUCCUACGGAAGCAUCUCCGUCAAUGCCAAGGGUCUCUAUGGGGCUCCAGUGGCAAACGGAUCGCGCGAGGCCUGUGGGCAUAAAAGGUGGGCCGUGGCGGAGAUCUACCUCGGUCAUCGCAAGGGACAUGGCUAGCGUUGCGGCGAAGAAGGAGGCAGAAAGAUCAAAUUUUGCCAAUCGGUCCAUAUCGCACCCUAUCUUCAAGAGACCGCUUGUUGAUCCGCUGCAAAGGCAAAUGUCUCUCCACGACUCUCAGCCGACGGGUGAAUCGAUCCCUCCGCCGCCUGCCCACGUCUUCCAGCUCUCUCGACUCACGUCACUCUCUGUGCUGCUUCGGCAGUCUCAUUUGUACCUCGCUGAGCAUCAAGGGGGAGCACAGCCUGGGCCUGCGGAGCACUUCAGUAUCCUCGUCCUCGUCGUCCGGGUGGGUCCGCUUGAGGAAGUUCGAGACUGGAAGGGCGAGGCGACGGCCGGGACAUCAAAGAGAGCGGGUCCUAGGCCAAGCCUCUCAAACGGCAUGAUGGAUCGAGCCGAGGUCAUCGUACGGGACAAGGCCGGCUUUGCCCUAAAGGUGGACCUCCACGCGAAUUGUGCCAGCGAAUGGGCCGGUUCAUCACCGCAGCUCUCUCAGAGCAUCUCGGCGUCGUCGGAAUCGUCACAGCCAGGAUGUAAGGAGCAGUCGGGCUACCAGCUUGAUAACGAAUCGUCAAGCAGGGUAAAUCGUACAGUUCUAGGCCAGUAUUCCGCCAAUCCAAACACGAGGGAAGACUCGACUACGAUGACCAGGACGGAAGCAACAAUAGCGAGGAACAACACGACGACCUUCUUGGGCGAGGAUACAACCGUACUGGAGAAGAAGCGCGUCGACCGCAUGCUGCCGCUGAGGCCGGGCGACGUCGUCGCCCUGUCCAACCUCGUCUUAGUCAGGCCUCGCUCGGUGGAUAGCGAUGCCCGCAAGACCUCGACAUCACGCAGAGGGAAGACCGGCAGGAACGCCGUCGAUCAAAACGACACGACUGCGCAGGUCUACGCCGUCGCCUCUCCUCGUGAAAGGGCGAUGAUGGAACUGUGCUGGCGAAACGAGAUCUCAUCGAGGACCAUCGACGCGCAGAGAAACUUCGAAGAUGCCCUCGUCGACUUUGAUCCAAGAUGCAAGGCCAUCUGGGAAUUGGCAAAGCUUUGGUGAAUUUACCCAUUCACUCACCCACUUGCGCAUAUAAGCAAACGAAGCUCUCGAACAGAGAGUGAGUGGAGAAUCGAUGAUGUAUUCUAUAAUUGGUGUAGCUUUACAGAGAUUGUUGGCAAUGAAGAUAGAUGUGC